CACGAAGGAAGACUCUCCUCCCUCGACGCAACACUCCCACCUUGAUACAAUAUUGACGUUUUGUCACCAACUAAGCUACUGUACGGCGCUACAACUAUCAAGCACAAUCAUGUUCUACGAACCUGGCAAGACCGAGCACAACCUACCACAUGACCCGUUCAAGGCCUGCGUCGUCCCCAGACCAAUAGGCUGGAUAAGCACAGUAUCUCCUCCGCGCUCCAAGGAAGCCGCAACCACAAAUGGGGUCGUUGGUCCCGAACGUGCGGCAAAUCUAGCACCCUACUCCCAAUUCAACAAUCUAACUUUCGACCCUCCCUACGUAAUGUUCUCUGCCAACCAAACCCCCAGCAACCAACAAAAGGACACGGUCCGCAAUGCCGAAGCAACAGGCGUCUUCUGCUGGCAAAUCGCCACUUGGGACCUCCGCGAAGCCGUCAACAAGUGUGCAGAGUAUUUACCGUAUGGUGUCGACGAAUUCGAGCGCGCCGGGCUAGAGAAAACGUGGUCCAAAGUGCUCAAAACUCCUGUACCCAUGGUGGCACAGAGUCCCGUGCGUUUCGAGUGCGAAUACUAUACUACCGUGCGUCUACCUGGAAACCCACCCAUGGGAACCGUCGAUGUUGUCAUAGGCAAAGUGGUCGGCAUUCACAUCGACGAAAGUGUCUUGACCCAUGGCAAAAUCGACAUCAGCAAAACCCAACCUAUAGCUCGUUGUGGUUAUUACGACUACGCGGUCAUUCGCGAGACCUUCGAAAUGGUCGUCCCAGGAGACCCUUCUAUCUUAUUCGGUUUGGAAGGAAACGUCAAGAAGCACAAGGAGUUCAAGAAUGCUUCAGAAGCAACGGGUGUGGAUGGUACCGGACCUCCUUGAAUGUUCUGCUAUCCAUGCUAUCUGUAUACAUGCUUGUCAAGCUCUACCAAUGCUCGUCAAUAAUUCUCUCUGAGUCAGUCCAGCUGAUCGAGGAGUUUCCUGUUUCC